GAUAGAAUAAGAAAAUAAAGACUUCCGGUUUUGGAGCGCACUUGUAACAAGCUACGAAUAAUCAACUCUACACGUCAAAUAUGAUGAUAUAAGGGGAGAGUUCUUCAUGUUCUAUUUUCAGUUUGGGAAGUUGAACGAUGUGUGCCGUGUUUGACGGGACUUCCCUGACAGUCACCAUGCAGACCUCUCUCACUCACACACCGCAGAAUGCAUUUAGCCCCCAGGAACUGUCCCAGGAGAUAAAAUCCUUCAUCAGUGGCGUGGACCAGACCCAGGGUCGUAAACUCAGCGUCCGUGAGCAUGCCCGCUGUGCGGUGCGUCUACUACGGUCUGUGCCUGCCUGUCGCGGGGCGGUCCUCGAGCACCUAAGGGGCGUGUACAACGAGCACGUCUCAGCCUUUCUUCACAAUCUAGAGACAAACGGCGAUGGCGACGGGGACUCAAACCUGGAGGAUGUCAUCACGGAGGUCCAUGGCGUCCUGGCGGAGUUCAUUAAGCUCAACCCCCGAGCCUGGGCUCCCCUUGUCUCAACCUGGGCUGUAGACCUGCUGGGGCAGCUGAGCUCCAAGCAUGCUGGCCGCAGGGCAGCUCCCCACUCCUCCAGCCUCAAUGAGCUGCUGCAGCUGUGGAUGUCCUGUGCGGCUACACGCUCCCUCAUGGAGGCCUAUACCCAGUGCCUGGCAGCUAUGAUAGCCUGGUGUCCUGACCAAUGUGUGGACGCUCUCCUGGACACCUCCGUGCAGCACUCCCCCCACUUCGACUGGGUGGUGGCUCACAUCGGAUCCUCCUUCCCGGGCACCAUCAUCAGCCGUGUCCUGGCCUGUGGCCUUAAAGACUUCUGCUCCCACGGGACGGCUGACAAGUGUCAGGGAGACAAGAGCAGCCGAGUGCCUAAGAUCGUCUCUGUGGUGGGGAUCCUAGGCCACCUGGAGGCGCGGCACUCUGACAGCAUCCAGCGGGAGCUGCUGAGGAUGUUCCAGGAGAGCCUCAGUCCCCCGACUAUACCCCCCAGCUCUGGGUCCACCUCCUUGGAGCACUUAGCCCAGCUCCGCAGAGCCACAGUGCCCUUCCUUCUCCAGCUGGCGGCGCUGUCUCCUUCUCUUCUGGGCGCCGUAUCUACAGAGCUGGUGGAGUCUCUACGGCCUCCAGUCUUGCUCCAGCUCCAGGCUGUUCUACAGGGCCUUCCCAGGGACGAGCUUGACAACAUGCUGAGGCUGGCUGUCCACCUCAUCGCCCAGAGCCCUGCUGGAGGGGCACGCAUCCUCCGCUUCCUAGCUGACACGGCCACCCCCGCCUCUGUCAUCAUCUCCGGCCCCACGUCUUCCCCUCACGAGGGGGUCCGGGAGGCCUGCGACCUCCUCCUCCAGAUGCUCCUGCUGCACCUCCACAAGCUGGUCUACACCCGCUCAGAAGGGGAUGAUGGCUACUACAGCCGCCCCCACUCUCCCUCCUCCCAGGCGCCCCGUGUGGUCCCCUUCCUAGAGGAGCUGCAGUCCCACGUGGGAGAGCUCUGUGCUGAGAUGCUGAGACUGGAGAGGAAGCGUCAUCUCUGGCUGCACCAGCUGCUGUGUCUGCUGUGUCUGUUGUCUGUAUACGGGGGCCCUAGCGUGGCCACGGAGGCCCUCUGUCAGCUGCUCACCCUGGCCCGGAACCCAGACCAGCUGGCCCUGGCCUGGCAGCUCCACACCCCACUGUCCGCCUGCCUGCCGGGCCUCAUCCCUGCCGCAGUGAUCCGCUGCGUGGCCCAGAUCCAUACACACACCCUGGGACCCAGGCAGCUCUGCCAGCUCCUUCUCAACCUGGGCUCUGCCAUGCAGAGUGUACAGGAGGAGGAGAGGAGGGGCCCAGGAGGAGGCAUGGGAGGAGGAGGUGCUAGUCCUCAGUCCUCCAUGGCAGUGCAGGUUGGAGCAGCGGUCUCAGGACACCUCCAUGACUUCUGUCCUCUGCUCCUCCACGGUGACCCGGCGGUAUCCCACGCUGCCGUGCGGCUCCUGUCCCGCAGCCCCCUCCCCCGUGCUGCCCUGCCUUCCCACCUGUUGCUUGUUUGUCGGGCUGCCGUCACACACUUCUUUCUGGCACUGCGGAGGAGAGGAGAGACAGGGAAGGGGAGAGACGAAGGCCAGGGAGGAGAGGCGGUGAACUGUUCGGUGCUCCUCCUGUCCCGUCUGGUAGGUUACUCCCCUCUAACCCUCAAAUGUGUCCUGCAGCACCUGGUAGAGGGAGCUCUACAUAAAGGAAACACUGACUUGUUCGGAGGGCAGAGUGAGGACAUUGGAGGGGACACCCCCAUCUCCCCGUCCCUGGCCCCUGACCGGGUGGGCUCCCUGCUGGACAUCAACUGCAGGUUCGGCACCACGGUCAACUUCUCUGGCAGUGUGUGGUCUGUGUUCCAUGCUGGGGUGAUAGGGAAGGGUCUGAAGCAGCGCAGCGCUACCCCUCACCCCGACGCCGCCAGUGUCAUACAGAAUGUCCAGACCCUGCUGGCUGUCACUGUCCAGUGCUGCAGUGCACCAUCCGGGAAUGGCGGCAACGGUGGAGGCACCCGACACCAGCCCUCCGUUCCAGACGAGCCGCCGCCCAUCAACGCUGAGGCGGCCAAAAUGAUGGCAGUGACGCUAGUGGAGUAUAUCUGCCCCGACGUGGCCAACGGGGAACUGUCAUGGCCGCCAGAGGAACAUGCACGCACAACUGUAGAACGUGACAUACACAUCCGCCGCUGCUUCGAGGCCCACCCUGUCCUCUUCCCUUUACUCCAUGUUGUGGCUGCCGGGCGUCCUGCUCUCUGUUACUGUUCUGCGGUGCUCCGGGGCCUGCUGGCCACUCUGCUGGCCCACUGGGAGGCUUCGAGGGAGGCUUUGGCGAUGGACUCCCCGUGGCACCUCCAGGCCUCAUGCAUGCUGGUGUCCUGUAUGGGCGAGGGCCAGCUGCUGCCCCCUGUGCUGGGCAACGUCCACGAGGCUUUCCCCUACCUGACGCCGUUCGAAGUGAGGCUUCUCCUCCUGGCUGUGUGGGAAUAUGUAAGGGGUAAUGGCCCCAUGCCACAGAAGUUUGUCUUCAGUGCCGAGAAGGGCCUGUUCUGCCGGGAUUUCUCGCGGGACGGAGAUGUGGCGAGAUACGUAGCACCCAUUCACAGUGUCCUGCAUAAGAACAUUGACCGGCUGGGGCAUCUAUGCUGGCGUUUCCAGCUCUGAACAAGGGAAGGAGAGAACUGAUAGCGGGAUGGAGAGGAAAAAGGUGCAAGAAGUGGGACGGUUGGAAUUGUUUGUGAAAGAUGAGGAUAGGGGUGGUUGGUGAUCGGGAAUUGUGGAGAUGUUGCUUUGCUGUUUUCUUGUUUGUUGCUCUAACUUGAAUCUAGAUCUAUAUGCGCUCUGAAGCAUAGUUGAGCAUGUUAUAUCUACUGUUUAUCUUUCUCCUGUUUUGUAUCAUUUUUAUAGAUUAAGUAUAAUUUUUUAUGUAGCUGUUACUGUAGGGGGAUAAAAACAUGUAGUAUACCAUAAAUAAAUUAGCAGAAAGGGGAGUGAUCAUAAUUUUGUUGUUUCAAAUAUCUGGCCUUUGAACUUGACUGUCUACAUUUCGAGUUACAGCAGUUCUGAAUUUCAAUUCAACUUAUUUUUUCUCGAAUUGAAACAGAAGUACAACUUUAAUGAGAAGGUACAUCAAUGAUAAUGUAAUCAUUUUACAUCAACUAACACAGCCUGCAGGUAUAUGAUGAAUCACACAAACAUUCCUUAAAAUGUCUUUACAUACAGCACAAUUUAUGUUUGAACCAGAUCUCCUAAUAAAUGUGCAAGAGUGUAGCAAA